CACACCAGGGCUCUAUUCUUGUGACAAUGGACGAACCUACACUGACACAUCUUCAUCACCGGGAGUCCAGAGUUUACAUUAGGGUUCACUCUUGGUGUUGGACAUUCGGUGGGUUUUGACAACUGUAUAAUGACACACAGCCACCAUUCUAGUGUCACAGCACAGUUUCCCCCCACCCUUCCCUCUAGAAUAUUUUCCAGCAGAGUCUCCAGGCCAUGGAGGCUGCUCAGUGAUUUGCAGUGAUGAUGACAGCUGACGAUGAAGAUGGUGAACUGGAAGCAGGGAGAGGCUUUGAACUAAGCCAGUGGGGACGCUGCUGUAAUGGUUCAGGCAGGUGAGGUCGGGAGCCGCUGUGGCUCUGGAAGCUGGUGGCCCUGGUGUUGGCCUGUGGGACAAGACGUGGUGGGCAGCAAGGACUUUGAGGCAGAACUGAAAUCUGCUGAACAGCGGGGGUCAGUCAGCUGGGACGGCCAGAAAGCUCUGGAUUAGGAGCUGGUCCACCCGGGCUCCACUCCCAUUUGACUGCGACCCUGGGCAAGUCCCUUCUACAAGGAGGCUGGACUGGAUGUCCUCAUCGUACGUACAGCACCAGGGCCAAGGUGAGCUAGUGCCACCCACAUCGGGCAGCGUUCCAGAGGGGCAGGAAACGCUUCAAGGGUCAGGCAGGAUUUUCCCUGGGCCGCAAAGGACCAGUGCGGGUCUAAUACCGGAGGAGGGACCCGGGACUCAGGAGCAGCCUCCGAAGGGGCUUCUUUGCGCAUGUUUUCCUGCCCAGCAACAGGCGGCCUUGUUCCUUCACCAUCCACCCUCUCAAAACAGCAGUGAAAGGCAAACUUUCCAGCCCGAGCCCCCCUGCCGCUUUAAAGCCCUGGGUCCUGGCCCCUCGGUGACCCGCUGCGCCCGGGGAGGGGCGGGCGUUGGCGCGGUGGCGGCGGCGCUGGGGCGGCAGCUGUGUCCGUCUGCCCAAGGGUUAACCCGUUCCCUUGCAGCUGCCGCGCGCGCGUGCCUUGCAGAAUUUCACCAGAAGAGGGUACAGUUUGAAAAGCGCUUGACGUCAGGCUGGAAUUCCUAUUGUGUUUAGAAACGGCUUGGGCAAAGCCAGACCAAGUUCGCUCUCCGCGCACCUCGCGGACCGCGGCGUGGGUCCGCCAGCUCCGGGACCAGCCCUGCGCGCCCCGGGGCGGAGGACGGCGCCCGCCGCCCACGAGGAGACCCCGCUCCGGCAGGAGGCCGAGCUGAAGCCGCGGAUCGCGCCGCCCGGGAGCCGGGGGUGAGUGCCCAGGAGAGGCCGGUGGCUGCGAGAGCCUCGCCGGCGUGCGGGCGCCCGGAUGCCCGCCCUGAGCCCCGCCGCCGCCGGGUGCAUGCCUCCCCCGCGGCGCGCCCCCGCCGGCUGCUGCCCGCUGUGACCGCCCUUCCCCGCAGGCGGGCGCCGGCCGGGCUCUCCCCGAGGGCCGCGCACUGGUGGCACCCGCCGGACCCCCGGCGGCGGCGGCGGCGGCAGGGGGCGAGGAGCCCAGGCUGCGAGGGCGCGCGCCGGGAGGAUGGACGGGUCCGGGGAGUGCAGCCUCCCGGAGCAGGGCAGCCCCGGCUCCGUGGCGGGCGACGACAUUGAGAUAGUCGUCAACGUGGGGGGCGUGAGGCAGGUGCUGUACGGAGACCUCCUCAGCCAGUACCCCGAGACCCGGCUGGCGGAGCUCAUCAACUGCUUGGCCGGGGGCUACGACACCAUCUUCUCCCUGUGCGACGACUACGACCCCGGCAAGCGCGAGUUCUACUUUGACAGGGACCCGGACGCGUUCAAGUGUGUCAUCGAGGUGUACUAUUUCGGGGAGGUCCACAUGAAGAAGGGCAUCUGCCCCAUCUGCUUCAAGAACGAGAUGGACUUCUGGAAGGUGGACCUCAAGUUCCUGGACGACUGCUGCAAGAGCCACCUGAGCGAGAAGCGCGAGGAGCUGGAGGAGAUCGCGCGCCGCGUGCAGCUCAUCCUGGACGACCUGGGCGUGGACGCGGCCGAGGGCCGCUGGCGCCGCUGCCAGAAGUGCGUCUGGAAGUUCCUGGAGAAGCCCGAGUCGUCGUGCCCGGCGCGGGUGGUGGCCGUGCUCUCCUUCCUGCUCAUCCUCGUCUCGUCGGUGGUCAUGUGCAUGGGCACCAUCCCCGAGCUGCAGGUGGUGGACGCCGAGGGCAACCGCGUGGAGCACCCGACGCUGGAGAACGUGGAGACGGCGUGCAUCGGCUGGUUCACGCUGGAGUACCUGCUGCGCCUCUUCUCGUCGCCCAACAAGCUGCACUUCGCCCUGUCCUUCAUGAACAUCGUGGACGUGCUGGCCAUCCUCCCCUUCUACGUGAGCCUCACGCUCACGCACCUGGGCGCGCGCAUGAUGGAGCUGACCAACGUGCAGCAGGCGGUGCAGGCGCUGCGCAUCAUGCGCGUGGCCCGCAUCUUCAAGCUGGCGCGCCACUCGUCGGGCCUGCAGACCCUCACCUACGCGCUCAAGCGCAGCUUCAAGGAGCUGGGGCUGCUGCUCAUGUACCUGGCAGUGGGCAUCUUCGUCUUCUCCGCCCUGGGCUACACCAUGGAGCAGAGCCACCCCGAGACGCUGUUUAAGAGCAUCCCCCAGUCCUUCUGGUGGGCCAUCAUCACCAUGACCACCGUGGGCUACGGGGACAUCUACCCCAAGACCACGCUGGGCAAGCUCAACGCGGCCAUCAGCUUCCUGUGCGGUGUCAUUGCCAUCGCCCUGCCCAUCCACCCCAUCAUCAACAACUUCGUCAGGUACUACAACAAGCAGCGCGUCCUGGAGACCGCGGCCAAGCACGAGCUGGAGCUGAUGGAGCUCAACUCCAGCAGCACCGGCGAGGGCAAGGCUGGGGGCUCCCGCAGUGACCUGGACAACCUCCCGCCAGAGCCCCCGGGGCAGGAGGCGCCAAGCUGGAGUGGCCGGCUCAAGCUCUCCCACAGCGACACCUUCAUCCCCCUCCUGACCGAGGAGAAGCACCACAGGACCCGGCUCCAGAGCUGCAAGUGACACGAGGGCGCCCCAGGCAGGGACGAACAGGCUGGUGGAUGGACCGAGGGUGUGGCAGGCAUGUCGGCCAUGGCAGAGAGGGGCUGUCCUGUGUCCCCCCUCGCUCCCCUGAACAGACUCUCAAGGCCCUCCCGGGCAUCUCUGACAAGGCUGGGUAAGACUCCUUUGUGUCGCCUGCUGUCCAGGAGCCGGGGAAGGGCAGGGGGUACAGGGCCCAGGGCCGAGUGGGGGCAGUGGAGGCCGUGGCCCGGCUGGCGGCAGGAGCCCAUGCCCGCUUCUGUAUCUCCCUCAAUAAAGCCUCCUGCUCUGUGCACCCUGC